GUGAAUCCAGUCCACGUUGUCGGAUCUGUGUCCUGUUAGAUAUUACCUGGCAAUGAUGAAUGAAUUUGAAAUGGAUAUAUAAAGCUGUUAAAGUCAUUGUCCCGCACACUGCGCUAAGAGAACAAUAGGAUGAUCAACUGACGCUUGCGUUUUAGCUUCAUAAUACACAGCUAAUACACAACGGAACAUCUGUAUAUAAAACUGUUACUUGGUCCAGGUCCCAGCUGGCAUCGUACAUAGCGCAAUAACCAUGGUUUUGCUAAGAAGUUCUCUUCCUCAAGGCAGUCUGCUGUCCAGUUUGCUUUGGAUAUUGCUGGUAACCACCGUCAAGUGUGAGAAUAUCGUGCACGCGCCGGUCGGGUCGAUAAGAGGAACCUCUGACAAUGCCUUCAUGGUCAGAACCUUUCUCGGUAUACCCUAUGCUAAACCUCCCGUCAAAGAUCUGCGCUUCAGAAAGCCAGAAAUAAGGGCACCAUUUCAGGGCACUUACAACGCCACGGAGUACGGCCAGCCUUGUACACAAGGUAAUACUGGUGCGGAGGACUGUCUAUUCCUGAACGUGUUCGUACCGGCAAAUACCAGCAGUGAAGACCCCGUGCCCGUCAUGGUCUGGAUUCAUGGUGGGGCCUUUCAGUUUGACACCGCCAGUAACUAUGAUGGCAUCAGUAUAGCUGGCCAAGGAGGCGUCAUCUUUGUCACCAUGAAUUACAGACUCGGUGUAUUGGGAUUUCUUAACACACAGGACAGCUCGUGUCCUGGUAACUACGGUCUUUGGGAUCAGUUGUUGGCUCUUCAAUGGGUAAAACGGAAUAUAAACGCAUUUGGAGGCGACCCGGAGAAGAUUACGUUGAUUGGGGAAUCCGCCGGGGCUGCGUCGGCAGCUUAUCAUGCCCUUUCCCCACACAGCAGCCGGUUGUUCCAGCGUCUAAUCCUCCAAAGUGGAACGGCCAUAUCUCCCUUCGCUCUGAACAGAAAUCCUCGGCAGGACGCCAUGGAGUUUGCCAAACGACUCGACUGCGACACGCCUGGCAAAGAGGAUGAUGCAUCGGCGAUGAUGGACUGUCUGAGAAGUAAAAACGUGACGGACAUCUUCAAGAGCUCUCACCGAAUGCCCAAAUCCUUAGGUAUGUCUGUCAUCGACUUUACCUGGGUACCGUCUGUGGAUGCUGACUUUGUUCCAGACGACCCAAACUCCUUGAUCACCAACGGCACUUAUCUACAGGAAAUCGGUUUUUUCGAUGCGGACCUGCUGCUGGGUAUGAAUAACGACGAGGGCUCUCUUGUCUCAAUCCUCGCCGAACUGGUUCAGCGUCAGAACGGCAUCACCUUCCAGCAGAAUGGCGGAGUCUCCAGGGGUUUCUACGAAGAGGAAUUUAUUCCAGCCAUCGUGAGGCAGAAAUUCGGAAAUACCACAAAGGAGGGGAACCAAGCUGUGCGAUUCACGUACGAGCCUCGUUCUGAUGGGAACAUAGUUCCGAACGCUGAUUGGUUCCAAGCUUACGCAGACGCCACUUUCCUUUCCGCCAUUACCCGGCAUGCCCUUGCUCAUGCCUCCAGUCACGGACGCACUUUUCUGUACCUGUUUGACCACUCUCCGUCCUACAUCAAUAAUCCAGUGAUCACUGGCACCCCACAUGGUGGGGACGUCCCAUAUCUGUUUGGGUUCUCCCGGACGGCCGAUGCGAAUCUGACCUACACGCAGGAAGAGUUGGGAUUGUCCAUGAAUGUCGUGACAUAUUGGAGCAACAUGGCAAAGUCUGGGACUCCCAACCUGCCAGAGACAACCGUGCCCGUCCAGUGGCCACAGUUUGAUCAGCAAGAACAAAAGUUCCUCAAGCUAUCCACGGCUCUGUCAAAUAAUUCCAUCGGACAGGGACUAUUUGUUAAACGCGCCGAGUUUUGGUUGGACUUCAUGCCGACGAUCCUUCUCAAUGAGCCUCAGAUGGAAAGUAGUACCUAUCAGCCACCCACGGAGAAGAAAGAGAAUGGAGAUUCUUCACAAUCACAACCUGCACAAUUUAUAAAAAGAUUUAACAUUGGUGCUUCCACGGCAGAAGGCACUAUUAUUGCCCUGGCUGUUGUUGUAGCGGUUCUUUUGGCAACAAUAACAAUUGUGGUUUUAUAUUUGGUCAUCAUCAGAAGGAGGAAAAAUUACUCAGUAGAUUAAACUACCAAUGGGAUAUUAUAUGUUCAUAUUUAUACACCGUCAAACAUUCUGUACAUACAAGACGUCGAUAUUUGUAAAAUCAUUCUGUACAUACUCAUUAUUUUAAGUGAAGUGGGAAUUAGAAAGGAAAAUUUAGCGCUGUUCUAUAUGGGAUAAAAUAUAUGGAUACAUGUACAUUAUUUAUUAUCACAAGUUAAUCUUUUGAGGAUAAGCAACUCCAAAUGGCCAGAACUUGGCUUGUUUUGUUCAAUGCGAAAAAGACUGUAGCGCUUGCCGUUUCAAGACGCAGACAACAGUCACAAUUAAUAUUUAUUUUUUGAGGUGAAAGUAUAACCUGUUCUACAACACAUAAACAUUUAAGGCUAGUUUUUGGUAAUAAUGGAAACUGGACCUAUCACAUAGACAAACUCAUAGAAGCUGCCAAUAAAAAACUAUCCAUGUUCAGAGCGCUUAAAUAUCGUCUGAAUCGAAAGCGCCUAGAAAUUAUGUACAAAAGUUUUAUAAGACCAUCAAUGGAAUAUGCAGAUAUAGUAUGGGGCAAUAUUAUUGAAGAUCAAACACGUACCAUAGAAAACAUGCAAAAGGACGCACUACGCGUCAUUACUGGUUUAAAUCUAAGUGUUGCCUCUAACCUGCUCUUCGAAGAAUCGGGAUUUAUACAAUUGCGUAAAGGACGCUACAUGUAUCGCCUGCUAUUCUUCCAACGUAACCUCCAGGACGCAUCUAGCAAUGUAUUUGAAAACAAGCUUCCACCACCAACAUACCAGCGUAAUCCGUACCAAUUUAGAUCAACAGAGCAAUUAACAACUUUUCUAUGUAAACAGCCACUUUUAGUAAAUCUUUUUUCCACAAACUAUGCGUGACUGGAACAGCUUUCCAUAUUCGAUUAGAAGAAUUAAGAAUUAUCAAGAAUUCAAAAUAGCUCUAGCAAAAAUGUUGUAUCCGCCAUUUCCACCAGCAUGGUAUUAUGCUGGAAACCGAUGUUUAAAUAUUAUCUUGUGCAGAUUAAGAAAUGGAUGUAGCUCGCUACAUGCCGAUUUGUAUAACAAUUAUAUAACUGAUUCUCCCAAAUGUAUCUGUGGCAAGCCGCUAGAAACUCAUUUCUUUUUUAGACUGUAGCAGAUAUGUUGUUCAGAGGGAGAACAUGCUUAAAAAUAUCAGACAAUAUGGUUAUUUGGACAACAUUUCUGCUACCACUCUCCUUUAUGGCUGUAGCAUUCUAUUCACUGAACUGAAUAUAAUGAUUUGCUCAGAAGUAUGCUUCUACAUUAGCAAUACCAAAAGGUUCUAAUGUUUAAAUCACAUUAAAUCACCCUGUUUCUUCUAAUUGUGCAUAUAUAUAUGUGUAUAUAUUAUAUAAUAUAUAUUAUAUACUUAUAACAAUAUAUAUAUACUUACGGGAUAGCUACUUUGUUGUAUAUAGUUACAUUGUAAAAGCUCUCGAUUAGACCUUGUAGCACGUCAAGUAUAAUCGUCAUGUCUGACAAUCGUAUACCAUUCGUAGUCCGUAAAGGGCGUUCCUGGUCGAUAAUGGCAAGAUCCAUUUUCAACACAAGCUCCCAAAGACAAAGGUGUGUAAGAAAUUAUACGAUUAGGAAAUAAAGCAGGUAACACACAAGAGAGAAGCGGCCAUCAGUUUUCAAUGAUGUCGGACAGACAGUGGAUAUUCUAGGCAUGAAUUCCAUAUCAAAGUUCAAAUUCGUAGUCCAUGAAUGAGUUCCAGGUCAAAUAACAAUAGAUGUAUAUGUGCUUAUUUGUGAGUAUAUACACACAGGCCCAUUCGAACGCGCAUGUGUGUGUAUGUACGGGUUUAUUUAUAAAUGUUCAUAUAUGCGUAUGAGUUCAUGAUUUGUGCGCAUGUAUACACACAUCGGUAUACAUGUUUCUGUGUGUAUAUAUAAAUACAAUGUUUUUGCACGAUCUUGUAAACAAUUCCUGUCAACUUUCAUAAAUACAACAAAAUGCAAUUCUGCCUUUUUACAAAACUUUACAAUGUAUAUAUUAUUGCAAAUAUUACACGAUAUAAGCCUAUGGCUUCCUCUGUAAGCAACUGAAAUAAAUACGUUUAAACCA